AUGCGCAAGUAUCUUGUCAGACUAGAGCGAUGCAACUACCUUGUCAACGGAAGUACUGCAUCUCACGGUUUCACGGGAUACAUCGAUACUUCUCAGAGUGACUAUUCCUGGGCUCUCAACGAAUCGGAUGUGUCUACAUUGGCUUUACAUGCUUCUACAGCUCUCGGGUUUCCGCCAGGAAUUAACUUCACUGAGCUUGCUGGGUUACUCGGGAGGGACAUCAACUCGGACGAUGCGGAACGCGAUAACCUCCUCGGGGUGUUUACCCCUCACACCCACUCUCGCAAUGGUGUGCGAUCCAGUCCAAGUAACUACAUUCGGGCGACCGUGGGUGACGAGAGAAAGUUCCCAUUGACACUCCAGCUAAAUACCCUUGCGACGAAGAUCAUAUUCGACCAGCCCGCAGAUGGAAACACCGCGCCACGGGCGGUUGGAGUAGAGUACCUUCAAGGUCAAAGCCUCUACUCAAGAGAUCCUCGCCAUGAUCCUUCCCAGGUCGGUGUACCUGGCAAAGCCUUUGCGUCGAAAGAGGUCAUCAUCUCUGGCGGUGUCUUCAACACCCCGCAACUUCUCAAACUUAGCGGGGUCGGCCCAGCGGACGAGCUGGAAAAGUUUGACAUCCCUCUCAUCGAAGACCUUCCCGGUGUCGGCAUCAACAUGCACGACAACCUCGAGGGAGUCAUCUACGGCACGUUCGAAAAGCCAGUGGUUGGAUUCUGGGAUAUGUUCAUGCGGACCUCAGUUGCCGAGCGCACGCGGGAUAUACACUUCUACUGCGGGAGCUUCAACUUCAUGGGUUUCUUCCCCGGUAUGCCGGGUUGGGCGGAGAACGAAUUUGAGUGUGGCUUCAUGCAGCUCCAUCCGCGAAACAUCAACGGCACCGUCAAGCUAAGAUCCACCGAUCCCCGUGAGGCUCCCAACAUACAUCUUGGGUUCUUCUCUCAAGGCGAUGACGCAGACCUUGACUCUAUGGUAGAGGCCAUCACCCUUGCGAGGUCUGUUCUUACCAACCUGACAGACAACUCAUUCACUGAGCACCGACCUUGUCGUCAAGGUGCUACGAGCUGCACGAACGAGGAGCAAAAGGCUUUUCUUCGAGUCCAGACAUACUCCCAUCAUGUUACUGGAUCCUGUGCAAUCGGGGCGGAUGAUGAUCCGAUGGCUGUGUUGGACUCCAAGUUCCGAGUUCGUGGGGUACAAGGGCUUCGAGUCGUUGAUGGGUCCGUCUUUCCGGUCCAGCCGGGAGAGGUGCCGACCCUGGCUACUUUCAUGGUCAGCGAGAAAGCAUUGGGUGAUAUUCUUGCGGAUGCUCAGAGGACUUUCAUAAGGAACUUCGAAGGUCCCAUCUUUUCUUGA